AUUUAAUUGGACUGGUAUAUCAUUAUUGUGGGCAAUUUGAAUUUCGAAAGCCAAAGCCAUUAGAAUAGCUUUAGAAACAGAAGUAACGUAACGGAUGAAUGAAACACUGUGCUAAGAUCUUUAAAAAAAGGACAAACUGCUAAUAAAGCGAACUAAAGAGCUAAUUACCAACACAUAUUUCGUCUAUAAUUUCCCCCGUUGUCUCGUGAAUUAAAUUUGGUCCGGAAGACAUUUAACGCCUCGUCUCUUAUGUUUAUUUUUUGUGAACCAAAUGUCUUAAAACAACAGGAUGUAGUAACAAGUAGGAACUUUAAGACAUUUGUUGUUAGAUAUAGUCAGUAAUCUGGAACAUAGUGUACGAGUUACACGUGCGAGCUCCUCAUAAAGCGGACGCCGACUCCGUCCUACUGUACAGUUAUGACUUUCUGACGACUGAUCGCUGCAGGAUUGCAACAUUGUGGUCCCGCCCAUGUGGAUGACGACAUAACGAGAGGGAACAACGUAAGCAAACAGGACUAUAGUCGGUCCCAGUCCCCGCUGAAAAGUGCUGGAAGUGAGGUGGGCCAGUGAAGACCGGAGUCCCGAAGACCACACUGCACUUCAACCUGACCCCUAAAACCGGAUUAACUAUAACCUCUGCUCACACAGACGGACAGAAGGAAAGACCUGGGGACUCGGUCCGACUUCGCUUUGUUCGCUCAUGCUCCACAAAGAAGAGAAACUCCGCACUCACUUUUCCGCCUAAAGAGUGUUCUCAUUACGAUUUUUACUUUUAAAAAUAAACGAUUUUCAUUCGUUUUCUCCCUCGUAACAGUCUUCAGACUUCUGCCUUUUUUAAUCAGCUGGAGUUGAAAACUUACAGCUGACUCACUGACUGACGACAGGUUGCGCAACCGAGACAAUAACAAGAAGAAAGACAAAGAGUGGAAGCAUCAGAGCUGCUGCUGUUCUUACACUGAAGACUGACCGAAGAAAGAAACUUCAACAACCUGAGACUCUCUGCUGCUGCUGCUGCAUCUCCAUUCAUCUUCCACACCGCAACAGCACACACAAACAAAGAUGAACAUCGCCCAAGUCAAAUCGCGAGUCUGUCUAAAGAGGUUGCUGGACGAACCGCAGGAUGUUUUACCAAAGGUCAAAAGAGCUCGUCUGGUUCCGCCUCCUCUGACCGCCGGCCUAUCGCCAUGCUUCACACCCAAAAACUCUGCCUCCAAGUCAAGCCCAAGCAAAUCCCCAUCCAAAGUGGGGCCGUAUCUCCUGCUGGAACGCUGCGAAGGCGAGGAGACGUACAAGGCUGUGCACGCUCACACGCAAGAGCAGUACACUUGCCAGGUGCUUCCUCUCCGUGGCUACCAGGAGCAAUUGGCUGCUUACGCCCGGAUUGAGCGACACGACAAUAUCUGCAGUUUGCUAGACGUGGUGGUCGGUCAAGACUGUGCAUACAUUUUCCUGCCUGCUCACCAUGGUGACAUGCACGCAUACGUGCGGGACAGGAAGCGUGUGAGUGAGGAGGAGGCGAGGAAUCUCUUUGCCCAGAUGCUAAAUGCUGUCAUGCACUGCCAUCACCACGGAGUGGUCCUGAGGGACCUGAAGCUACGCCGGUUCGUCUUCACCGACAAACACAGAACUCAUCUGUCCGUGCUUGGCCUUGACGACUGUGUGCUCUUACAUGAUGGCGACGACUCUCUGACAGACAGACAUGGCUGUCCUGCCUAUGUGGGACCAGAACUGCUGUCUGUCGGGAACAAGUCAUAUUCCGGCCGGGCUGCAGACAUCUGGAGCCUGGGUGUGUCUCUGUACACCAUGCUGAUUGGACGAUACCCAUUUCAGGACACGCAGCCUGCAGCUCUAUUUGCCAAAAUCCGCCGCGGUACCUUCAGCCUUCCUGAUUGGCUGUCACCACAGGCCAAGUGUCUGAUUAGCUGCAUGUUGAGGAAGUCCCCUGAAGAGAGACUAGAAGCUUCCCAGCUGCUGAUGCACCCAUGGUUGUCCAAUCCUGGUACACCACAGCAUGUCCUGCACAAGGCUCACAACAGCUCACACACAGCAUCACCUCAGAGACAGGAGGACAAUGACCAAGUGGUGCCAACAUGGACUCCUAAACACUAACACACUGACACUAACACCCACCUGUACCUCUGUGGCUGUUCCCACAGCUACAGAGGUACAACAUUAAGCUUGUGUUUUCUAACAUACCAAAAAACAUUCGACACAGGGACAAAGAUAUCAAACGUAACGAAGGAAGAACAGAGAAACGGACGUAGAUAAAUCUAUAUUUUAUCAAGCGUACCUUAGGUGUAGCCAUCACCAGACACUUCAUUGUGUAUUUUCCUCUAAGAAAGAUCAUAAUGCACAAAAGUUUACCUGCUGUUUUAAUAAAAAAAUGAACCAUAGCAUUGAAUUUUAAGGCUGAAUUUACCAGGAAAACAUUACUGACUUUUCUGAUUUCCUGUUCAAAUUAAGUUUUUGUUGCCUCCUACUGGUAAUUUGCUACUUCCAUACAGUUCUUGGCUACUUUAUUUCCUAAAGCUAGAUGGCUACAUAUGCUUCUUCUUCAUGGUCUUUGGACUAAACAUUACAUAAACAUCUUGACAUUGGUUUUGGACCAAAUUGCAAACUAUAGACAUGAGAACAAACUAAAGGUCAAUGUUGUGUAACCUUAGACAGUGAGAUCAAUGACGUUUAGAAGAGAAUCCCAAAUGACAGUGAUUAAUUAACAAGAACUGAGACUGUGUGAUCCUGGAUGACUUGACCCAUCAGUGCCUUAUUCUCUCUAGUGGAGUCUCACCUGAAACCCCGCCUCCUCUGCGAGUGAACCUCCACCCCAGGACUGAACCCCUUUGGUUUUUUUCAUUCUAGAAAUCAUUCAUAAAUAUUUGUUCUCAAAUACCAGUCAACUUUUUUUGUUUUUUCAAACCAACUCACAAACAUAUUGUUUUCUGUUUUGAUUUCUUUCCUUCUUUUGCAGCAGUCAGUAUUCUGCCUUACACUGUUGUAUUGUAAGUAAUGAACCUCAGUUACAAAAGGAGGAUAAAUAAAGAUCUUCUACAAA